CUUGUUUUCCACACACACCUCACCUUCCAGCAUUGUUUGACGCGCACACCUGCAGACGACACUAUUACUACGCAGGACGACAAAUAUGGCAGGUAAAAAUGGGUUCACAGCACCGCGGCCAAAACGCGCCGGCGAUCAGUUCACGCGAACACACCACGGCGAAGGCGACGGCCACUCGCCCAAGAAGGCUCGAUUCGACUACCGCAAUCCCUCCACUCUCGCCCCAGACGCCCCCGAAGAGGAUGCCAUACUGGAGCUGGACGAAAUAGGACGCAGUGGGGGGACAAAGCGCAAUGCCGUCAAUAUCGACGGCUACGAGUCGGACAGCUCCACCGAGAAUUUCGAUACUCGUGCAGAUGGGCGCGCCAAGGCAAAAGCCCAGGCGGAGGCGGAGGCAAAAGAGGACGACUCGGAUGAAGACAUAUUCGGCGGGGCAGAUGACAAGGACGGCGUAGAGGACCCAGACCCGGCCCAGGCAGGAAAGCUGAAGAAGAGAGCUGUGAGAUUCCUGGAUGGACACGAGAUACAAGGCCAGGUCGACGAGAGCAAGUCAGGAGGCCAUGUUUCUGCCGACUUCUCACUCAGUGGCAAGUCUCGGCAGCGGGACGACGAAAGCAGCAGCGAGAGCGGGGACGACGAGGAGCGGGACCGAAUUGGGAGCGAUGUGGACGAGGAGAUUGGGGCUGGGGGCAAGAAAAAACAUGCACCGAAGCUGGACGCUUUCAACAUGAAGAACGAGGGCGAGGAAGGCCGAUUCGACGAGAGCGGUAAUUUCGUUAGGAAAGCUGCGGACCCCGAUGCUGUUCACGACACAUGGCUGGACGGGAUAUCGAAGAAGGACCUGAAGUCGGCACGAGAGGCACAUGAAAAGCGGGAAGCUGAGCGGCGGCAACGAGCUCUGGCCGACGAUUCUGUUUUGACAAGCGACGUUCUAUCUACUCUGAUUACACACAUGGAAAAGGGCGAGACAGUCUUGGAGUCACUACAACGUCUUGGCAAGGGCAAGCCCAAGGAGAAGAAAAAACCAAAGUGGCAGAAGAACAAACGCAAGAACGGGGACGACAUGGAUCUCGACUCUGAUAAAACCGCCGAGGACCCCGCAGAGACGAAGCGCAGGGAGGCUGUCGAAGCCAUUACAGGAGCUGCCGACCAGCUAAUGACGCGGGGCCAGACGGACGUAUACGACGAUGAGCGAGAGAAACUGAUUCGGCAGUACAAGAAGGACACUGGCGACGACUGGGUAGAACCGAUUCGUGCAGCUGUGGAGAGUGGCUCAACAGAUACGAAGAUGUGGGAAUACAAAUGGUCUGACGCUCGAGAUGGCGGGGAGAAACAUGGUCCCUACGACGGGCCGACGAUGGUGGCUUGGAACGAUGCAGGGUAUUUCGGAGAGGGUGUUGAGUUCAGACGCAUUGGCGACUCGGAAUGGUCGAGGGUGGUGGACUUUGUGUGAAUAGGGUAAGCUGCAAAAAAAGUCUCCCACUGAAAGCCAUUCCGCCUUGCUGCACUCGACCCUCUGCAGCGAUGGCGGCACGCACAUGGUGGUCGCAUUGUGAUACCUCAGUAUUUCAGGCGCCCUGUCGCU